UAAAUAUUCGUGUGAAUUGAAAGUUGCUGAAAUGAAGUUGGUGGUGUUAGGAUUUUAUAGUCCUCGGUCCUUCGGCCUAAUAUUUGACGAACCAAUCAAUGAAAAAGUUAUUUUCAAAUACAAUAUUAAUAUCACAAAAAUUCGUAAGGUUAAUGGAAAUGAUUGUCAUGUGUCUUGAUGUCAUUUCAUUUCGCGCGGCAGAAAUAUUCUUGACACAAGUUUCGUUUUGUUCAAAGAAAAGUAACGGGAAUAAAUCGUCCACUUUUGUGAUCUUGCCUUUAUUAUCCUGGACGUAAGAUGUUCACGUCAUUUUACAUUACAUUUUAUUCCCAUCGUUUUCGAUACGUUGCAAUUCUCUUGACUGGUUAAUAAAUAUUCCGGUUUUAUGAAAUUUCAAAUAUACAGCUGGUGUAACAACUAUAAACCACAAAAAUUUGGGAAUCAUUCAUGCAUUUAAAUUUCGAAUCGAAACCCGGGUUUGUAGAUUUAUUUUCCGAAUAAAUAUAAUUAAGAAAUAAAUCCAUUAGAUGUUUGAAAAUAAAUAUUAAUGCAAUUAAAAAACACAGGAGAUUAUCAAAGUCGCAAAUAACGCCCCAGCCCAACACUGCAUAUACAUCUCGUGAUACCCUGCAUAUAUCCGAGAUGCAAAGCAUCGAUUUAAGUGAAGAUUUUACAGAGAAUUGCACUAUUAGCAGUGGGGUAGAUUGCAAAUGCAGCGGAACUGACCCCCUUGAGUUUCUUCUUCCAGAAACCACCAGAGAAGCGCAAUCAGAAGAAGUUACUGAACUUCGCCAACAAGUAGCAGCACUAAACCAAACGAUGGUACAAGUUAAAGCAGCUGUCCAAUUAAAAGAUAGUCAAUUAGAAUGUCUGCGACGUAACAACGAGCGUUUCUUAGCAGAGUUAAAAAAACAGCAAAGAUGUAACAGAAAUUUGAAACGUAUGUACAAAUUUAGCGACGUUCAAUGCUCUCAACAGCUGGACGACGAAAGAUUCUUUUAUCAGAGGGAGAAAGAACAUUUCUGUGAGGAAAUGAAAAAUCAUAAAUUGUGCACAAAAACUGAAAGUAAUCCUUCCAAGUCUCUUUAUAAUCAGAAAAAAGAGUUUGAAAGGAUCCAAGACGCUCUCGAAGAGCAGAACAGAGAACUCCGCGAUGAACUAAUAGAAAAAAGUGAAACCACUUAUAAUCUUUGCAUCAAAUUUCUUCGGAUGAAACAUGCUAAAGACAUACUAAGGCAGAAACUGGAUCAACUUUUAAGGGAACAUUUACAGGUGAUGGCAGAUAUGAUGGAAAAACUUGACGAAGCGCGCGAAGAACUCAAUAUAAUAGUAUCCAAAAAAUUUCAAGAACCAGUCGAUCUUAGCAAGGCCAAAUUUUUGCAGGUAGUACAAAGGAACAGUCGACUAGUCCAUGAAAAUGCGUCUUUGAAGCUUCAGAUACAUCAGUUAACACAAAAUAUCGAGAAGAUCAAAAGCGACGAGCAAAAAACAAGAGCGAUAAACGUAGACGCUAGGAUAAUAGCUAAAUUGGUUUCACAAGCAAGUAAAAGAUCCCGCAAAGAAACUGUGAACUCCUCAUCUACUGUCUCAGGAGAUGAUAGCUGGAAAAAGUUAUCGGAAAAACUGGAAAUUUCACGGUCUUCCUUGGGUACAUCGUAUGGACUUUCAGUGGAUAGUUCGGGGGAUGCAAAGGCGCCGUCGAAGCAUAAGAAAAAGCACGCCACGUUCGACAUUCCAGAGGUUGAUGAACCUUCGGAAAGGCAUACCGAAAUUCAUACUAUUCGGACUCAGAGUGCACCGGAAAUUGUGCAAACAACGACUUUCAGGCAAGAUAUGAUUUCUGGAAAUGCUUCAGAGUACACGGACGUAGCUGACAAUGAGCGCAGCGUCGAGGUCCGGGAUAUGUAUACGAACACUUGAUGAGAUCCGACGUAAUGGUUAUUCAAAUUAUAGAAUAUUUUGAACAACUUUGAGCUCAAAUACAGACGGUUGGUCAGUGACGGUUUUCGAAACUAAUAUGGUUAGCUUAGUAGUUACUGUGUCAACGGAGAAUUGCUGUACACGGUACAUUGAAUCGAGAAACUCGGUAGUCUCGCGCCGAGUACAUUCGGAAGAACGGGCGCACUACCCAGUAUCUUUACUGCGAAGAGAGCUCGAAAGUGGAGUUGGGUUCACGUUUCGUCGAAUAUCUCCCAUAUUUAUAAUAUUAAAUGUAGAAUCAUUUUCGUCAUAUAAAUCGAUGACAAGCUUUCAUUUGAGCCUAAUUUCAAUGGAAUCGGUCGUGAUCACCGUUGGGCUCGUUUCACGAUUAAGCACCGAGGCGUUUUCGAACCCUGGGACCACAAAGAAUUGCCCAGAAAAUAAACAAAGACUUCGUUCUGAAUUGGUGUUCUCACACCCUGAAAUCUUGAAGAAUCGCUCGAAAAAUAAUCAAUCUGCAAGUCUUUCGUUUCAUUUCUGUACAAGUUUUUCCACGAACUGUGGCAAAUUUUCGAAAAGCGAUAAAUUUUGGAAAAUGGCCACAUUGGAAAUUCGUAGUGAAACCAAAAGGUAUCGUGAAUUUGCUAAAAAAAUACCAAAAUAAAUCUCGAAACCGUUAAUCGCGAACGUCCGAUUCGGUAUUCGGUCACCGUAGCGUCUCGUACGUAGAUCCUUCCUUUCCGAAGGAACGGCAGUAUAGCCGCAACAGCCGAAGCGACAACACGUAAGUCCUUGCCGAAGAAAAAAAAGGAGCUGGAGAGGAGAGGGAAAGACAUUGGGGCUAUUAAUUCGUCAUUACGGUGCCUCUUCUAUCGCAGUACUUAUUCAACUUCCAACCACGAAGGACAGGACUUACAUAGCAUCGCACAAUUCGUUUACAGGUACUCAGGGAUGCUGCCAUCGCAGUUACUAUACCCCGGACUCCCCCUGUUCAUCAGGGGGAGUCCAUGGACCGUCCCCUGGGACAGCGCGGCCUCCCACCGCCCCCGGGGUCCCAGGGGACCCAGUCCCCGAGGACAUGUCUUCGGGGAUGCGGUA